AUGGUUGCUGAUGAUUUGAAGGAGAAUAUUCCAAAUCAUAAAGAGAUCAAAGUGUCUAAGGCACCAACGGAAAUGACUCCUUGGCCUGACUUUAUUCAAAGGCGCAUCGACAUGUGGGAUAGACUUAUGGCUGAGUAUAAGGCAGAAAUUGCUGCAAAGGAGCCGGUUCCAAUCAAAAUCACCCUUCCGGAUGGUAAGCAAUUCGAUGCAGAUGCAUGGCGCACAACACCAUUACAUAUUGCUGAGAAAAUUUCCAAAGGCUUGGCUGAUACCACAAUUGUUGCUAAAGUGAAUGGAGAGGUCUGGGAUUUGGAUCGUCCAUUCGAGAAAGACUCCACAUUACAUCUGUUGAAGUUUGAUGACGAUGAAGCAAAACAAGUGUUCUGGCACAGUUCCGCACACAUUCUUGGUGAAGCUAUGGAACGGUAUUGUGGUGGACAUCUCUGUUAUGGACCACCAAUCCAAGAAGGAUUUUAUUACGAUAUGUGGCAUGAUAACUGUACCAUUUCUCAAGAAGAUUUCCCAAAACUUGACCAAAUUGUGAAGUGUGCAGUCAAGGAUAAACAACCAUUCGAACGGUUGGAGAUGUCGAAGGAAGAUCUCCUAGAAAUGUUCAAGUACAACGAGUUCAAGAUUCGCAUCAUAAAAGAAAAAAUAAACACGCCCAAGACUACUGUUUAUCGUUGUGGACCUCUUAUUGAUCUUUGCCGCGGUCCUCAUGUGCGCCACACUGGAAAAGUUAAGGCGCUGCACAUCACUAAGUCCUCAUCUUCAUAUUGGGAAGGAAAAGCGGAUGCGGAAAGUUUGCAGAGAAUCUACGGAAUUUCAUUCCCGGAUCCAAAACAGCUCAAAGAAUGGCAAAAGUUUCAGGAAGAGGCUGCUAAACGUGAUCAUCGUAAACUCGGUCGCGAACACGAACUUUUCUUUUUCAAUCCAUUAUCUCCUGGAUCAGCAUUUUGGUACCCCAAAGGUGCUCAUAUCUAUAACACCUUGAUAAAUUUUAUGAGGAAGGAAUACCGGAAACGUGGGUUCACUGAGGUUAUCACACCGAACAUGUUCAAUAGCAAACUGUGGGAGACUUCUGGACAUUGGCAGCACUAUUCUGAGGAUAUGUUCAGGUUUGAAGUAGAAAAGGAACAGUUUGGAUUGAAACCAAUGAACUGUCCUGGACAUUGCCUUAUGUAUGCCCACAUGCCACGCACGCAUAAUGAGCUCCCUAUUCGGUACGCAGAUUUCGGAGUACUACAUAGGAAUGAAAUGUCUGGCGCUCUUACUGGUCUAACACGUGUACGUCGAUUCCAACAAGAUGAUGCCCAUAUUUUCUGCCGGAAAGAUCAGAUUGGUGACGAAAUUAGGGGCUGUUUGGACUUCCUUACGUUCUGCUAUGAAACAGUCUUUGGGUUUACUUUCAAGCUCAAUCUUGCUACGAGGCCUGAAGGUUUCUUAGGAGAGAUCUCGACAUGGAAUGAAGCUGAAGCUGACUUGAAGGCUGUUCUGGAUGAGUCAGGCAGACAGUGGGGAUUGAAUGAAGGAGAUGGAGCGUUCUAUGGUCCCAAGAUCGACAUCACUAUCCAGGAUGCACUGAAACGUUAUCAUCAGUGCGCUACAAUUCAGCUAGACUUCCAGCUUCCUCAACGAUUUGACUUGAGUUAUUUCGACGAAAAAGGUGAAAAACAACGUCCAGUCAUGAUUCACCGUGCGAUAUUGGGUUCUGUUGAAAGAAUGACAGCCAUUCUGACUGAGAACUAUGGUGGAAAGUGGCCGUUCUGGCUGUCACCUCGUCAGGCGAAGGUUAUCACGGUUCAUGAAUCUGUGAACGAUUACGCUAAACAAGUUAAAAACAAACUGUAUGGGGAAGGAUUCGAGGUAGAGUACGAUGAGGGUUGCCCUGACACAUUAAAUAAGCAAAUCCGUAAUGCUCAACUAGCUCAAUUCAACUUUAUACUUGUUGUUGGUGCGAAAGAAAAGGAAAAUGGUACCGUGAAUGUCCGUACAAGAGAUAACGCAGUUCGUGGUGAAGUACCUUUGGAUGCGCUUCUCGCGAAAUUCCGUCGUUUUGCUGCUGAGUUCACCAAAGAUACUGAGAGCGCCGAGGAGUUUGCUGCGUAG